AUGGCCUCUGGUUUCGGAAGCUCUUCGUACUACGAUAGGCGAUUCAGACAAUCACCCGCCCUCAUCCGAGCAAGGCGGCCUUACCUCUUCAAGAACGCUGUUCUCGGGUCUGCCGUCGCCGCCUUUGCUAUUGGCGUCUAUGCAUACACAAUAAACGUCAUCGGACAGGAUGAAUUCGAGGAUGUGAGGGUCCCCAACGCGCCGAGCCAGCCCGAGAAAAAGUAA